UGCGUGGCACUCACGGCGCGCGCUCUUCGACGCGCACUUUGGCGGAGACGGCGCUCAGAGCGAGAAGGAGGAGGAACACGGCGGACGACGCGCGACAGGUUGCCGUAGCCCUGCGCGAGGCGGCCACGCGACCCCGCGGCUGGGCAGAGGCAGCUCGGGCCAUGGAGGCGGCGAGACGCGGCGCGAUGGCGCCCCUGAUGGAGCCCUGCGGGGAGGGCUGCUGCGGAGGCGUCGGCGGCGUUGGGGAGCGCCUCUUGCCCCUGAGCCACGCGGCGGUGGCGGCCCCCCCAGGAGCCGAGCCGCGGCUCUACCCGGAGCCCUUCCCCCGCUACCCGGCGCUGAGGCCCGACGUGGCCUCGUGGGAUGUGCGCAGCGCUCACGCCCGCGACAAGCAGCAGCAGCAGCCAGGACGGAGGGCCGGGGCGCUGCGAGUCCGGCACAAGCGGCAGGCGCUGCAGGACAUGGCUCGGCCCCUCAAGCACUGGCUCUACAAGCACCGGCACAACCCCUACCCCACCAAGACGGAGAAGAUCCUGCUGGCCCUUGGCUCCCACAUGACGCUCGUUCAGGUGUCCAACUGGUUCGCGAACGCGCGACGGAGACUCAAGAACACGGUGCGGCAGCCGGAGCUGAGCUGGGCCAUGCGGAUCAAACUCUACAACCAGUACGUGCAGGGCAACGCCGAGCGGCUGAGCAUCAGCAGCGGAGACAGCUGCCCCGAAGACGGCGAGGUCCUCUGCACGGAGGACAACGAGGACGAGGCGAGGCGCAAGGACGCGGAGGACUCGAGCCUGACGGUGGAGAACGUGAGCCGCCAAGGGCAGGACCGCGCCUUCCCUCGCAAGUACAAGAACAGCCUCCUGCACCGCUACCUGAGGGACUCGUGCAAGCACGCGCUCGCAGGGCGCGGCGCUGCGGCGACGGCGGUGGUGGCGGCGGCGGUGCAGGAGGGACCCGGGGGAGCGCACCACAACAACCACCACCACCAUCACCACGCGCAGCACCACCACCACCUCCACCACCACGCGCAGCACCUCCAUCACCAUAAUCAGCAGCAGCAGCAGCAGCACCAGCAGCAUCAGCUGCACCACAAUCACCACCAUCACCACCACCUGCUUCACAGUCACAACAGUAGCAGCAGCGGCAUCAGCAUCAACAACAACAACAACAUCAUCAACAUCGUCGGGAGCAACGGCGCCAGCGGGCACCACCAGCAGGGCGUGCUGCGCCAUCAGCGCGAGGCCCGUCGGAGCAGUCACCCGGCGUCGCUGAGCUCGGCGUGCUACGAGGACGGAUCCCUGUCGCCCGUGUCCAGCGAGUCGGAGAGGAGGCAGCAAGCACCGGCCGCCGGUGCAGCCAAAAUUCUGGAGCAGAAUUCUUUAAGUGGACAGAAGCGAGGGCCCGGCGACCCGUCCAGCUACUGGAGCGAGCUGCACGCGGCCAUGGCGCUCACCAACCUGGGCACCGCGAGCCGAGCGGGGCCCGGCGCCGCCCGGAGCGGCUCCGCCGUGGCCCCGUAGGCCGCCCUGGGCCCCCUGAUAGGGGCACCGGCGGCGCACGUCCGCGGGCCUCACGGGGACCGCUCGUGAAACAACCUUUGGCACCAUUUAUAUUUGUACGUAAUGUAUAUGUCGGCGUGUAAAUUUGUAUGUAGGUGUACAUAUGUACGUACGUCUGUCUGUCUCUGCGGGGAGCGGUGGCGCAACGGUUGGCGCUACGAACCCGGCGGCGAAGACCCGAGUUCGAUUCCCGCUCACGGCCACCACCAACACCGGUUAUCUGAACCGGUCGUGGGCCUCCUCUAGGUCGACUCAGCCUCAAAUGAGUACCCGGUGCGGUGUGUUAAACAUUACCACUGGGGAGAGACAAAGACGGCCUGGGGCAUGGUGUUGGCCACCAAUACCCUCGUGUGCCGUGCCGGCCUUCGUAGUCCGCCUGUCAAGGCUCCACAAGGGAUCUUUGUCUGUCUGUGUUUAUACCAAGGCUGUAGCCAUGGAGUCAACAUUGGGGGGGACCAAAUCUUCCAGGGGGUCUGGGGGUCUUCCCCCCCCCCCCCCCCAGAAAAAAAAUCUAAAUUUGAAAACUAAUUUCCUGCCUAAAAUAUAAAACCAAUUCACGAACACAUAGGAUAGACUUUUUAUUUAUUUUUUACAAUAAUGUCUAAUAGUGUAUUGUAUUUAUUACAUUGCUCUGUUUUUUUCUUUUUUACCUUUUCUUGUUUAAUUGUAUGUAAUGGCAGAGAUUAGGGAUUGAUAAAAUACAACCAUAACCACAAUCAUAUAAACAGAAAUCUAUUUUAUAGCAAUAUAUUGGGGGGGACAUUUUGAACAUAUUUGAAUAUUUGGGGGGGGAUGUGUCCCCCCCAUUUUCUAUUAUAAUUACGGCCUUGGUUGAUACUGUCUAUUGCCGUGCGUGCGAGUGUAUGUACGGUAUAAAGAGACACACGCACACACCUACAGGAGGCCUAGUGGUCAGUGUGCUCGCCACUGAGCCGGUGUGCACGGCGUCCGAGGGUUCGAUCCCCGCGAGGACCGUCCGGUGACAUCGGCGGGGCAUUACCGAAGCACGUCGUCUUCUGUGAACCGCGGCGGGUGGGGGUUGGGGGGGUUGAGGAUGUUAAACACCCUGUGACAUUGUCCACUGAAGCAGAGGUCAUUGCCGGUGUUACGAACGGGAGAUUUGAAAAAUCUGCGUCAGAAGAGAGAGAGAGAGAAAAGAAAAAGCCACCAAUCAACAACACCGAUGAUCGUCGCCAAAUAAAAGAACGUUUCAUUGAACGCACAUUGUACGCGGAGGGCGGUCAAACCGCGUUGGGAACGACUGCGCUGACCCAACGCUGAGCUUAUUUGACGGCCUCGUCUUUACGUGCCAGUCUUAAAAUAAGUGCACUGAUUGUCUCGGGGUGCUGACUGUAUAUUAAA